AUGCAAUCGGAUCUUCUUGAUGAGCAUUCGGAUCGAAUUGUGUCCGCAACCAUCCUGGAGAUUCCAGCGCUGCCGCAAGAUGGUUACUCCUGCUUCACCUCUGUUGCUUUGUCCGUUGGAUUCUCGGAAGACCGACCCUUUCUCCAGACUACCCCUUUUGGGCUGUCUCAUCUGUCUCAGUCACCUUUGGAAUUGCACAUAUAA